GUGACGCACUCGUAUGAGCGGGAUAAACGCACAGCUCUUCUCCGCAGAUAUUUUCUGUUUCUCCGCUACUACCUUUACUGCAAUCAAACCGCAUACUUGUUUCCCCCGUGUGUUUCUCAACGCUUUCCACCUCCACCUGCCAGACGUCCAGAGUAUCCUUCGCCGUCUGCCCAAAGUGCAACGUGCAACUCGUCCGCACCAACGUGCGUUGAUGAAAUCCACAGAACACUGUUGUGGUCAGCCCAUUUUUGCUUUCGUUUUUCCUCUUGCUUCGCCUUUUCCCCCUGCGUGCAAAGAGACACCACGCAGAGGUGUGAAGCCUGCAGUUGCUUCACUGCCGUUAUAGAAGUAUCCCGCGUUGGCGCAAAACGCCGAGCAUAUACACUCCUCAUAGAAGUAAGCAGAGCUGCUGCUUUGCCGUUUAUUGUGUCUUUUUCCCCUCGACGUAACCAUGAUGACCGAAACCCCCACCCGCACGCCGUCCAGUGUGCGUCGCCGCUCCGCCUCUUCACCGCCUAACCACAGCCCCAUCAUCACCGGUGUCUCUGCGCUGUCCUCGUCCACGGACGAGCCGGCAGACGCCGCGGCGGCGACCGUCACGCCUUCGCCACCGCAGCGGCAACGCGAGGCCCAACGUCCGACACGCGCCGUCGUGGAGGCGCUGAGCGACGCGGAAGACGGCGAUGGAGGCGCCAAAGAAUCACGAAGCCGCCUCGCACGCCUCUCCGCUUCGUUGCCCACAUCAACGCAACAAGCGUCUUCCAGUGCGCAGUACGGGCAAGAGGACGCACCGGUGCACAUCACCGCCGCCGCCUACGCCGAUCGCCGGCGCCUGCUGUACCACAUCACCUACCUCAGCACCCAGCUGCAACGCGCGCAGCUGCAGGUCGAGGACCUCACUCGCACCGUGUGUGUUCUGCGUGGUCUGUGCGGCAGCGGCGACGAGAAAAGCGCUGAGGACAACGCGCCCGCUGCCACAUCCGCCUCGACUUCUGCUGCUGCUGCUGCAGUGCGCGCUGCCGUGACGAACGGUGCCACCACCGCCGCGGUGCUCGCCGCCCACGAGGAGGCGGAGGUGCAAGCGGCACUGCAGGCCGGCCUCGCCGUCUUCGACCCCGUCAUCGCACAAACGCAGAUUUACCGCCUCGACGACGCGCUGGCGCAGCUGGGCCUCCUCCGCGAGGCGGAACUCGCCCAGCUGCAGACGGCCACCGCAGCCUUGCAGGAGCACCGCACGCUGGCCUCGCGUCUGACGGAGGAGGCGGCGCAGCUACGCACGCGUGCCACGAUGCUGGAGCAGCAGAAGCAGCACGCCGAGACGCAGUUGACGGCGGCGACGCUGGAGGUGGAGCGCCUGCGGCACGAGGAGCUGCUGCUCAACCAACGCGUGGCGGGGUUGCAGGAACUGGCGCAGGACGGGACGUGGAUGCACAACGUGCGCGUCGUUGGGCAAGCGAAGACGAGCACCUCUUCCUCCUCUCCACUGGCGCAGCUGGAGGAGGACGAGCGGCUGGCGCGCCAGGAGCUGCUGCUGGACGUUUUCUGGGACCCGGUUCUCAUCGCCUUCGACGCUGGCCUCACGUGGAUCACGGACAGCGCCGCUCUGCGACAAGACGGUGUGUUAGCGGCCCCGGCAGCACCAGCAGCAGCCGGAGGUGACGGCGAUGCCCCGGGGGCGCCAGAACUGGAGGAGGAUGAGCGGCUUUCGUUGGUGCAGGCCGGCGUUGUGGUGGAGGCGCCUCCGCCGCCCACGGACAACGACUUGCUCCUGUUGCGGCACCAGCAGGUGGAGGUGACGGAGCUGCGCGCACGCGUUCAACUGCUGCAGGACCGCAACCGCCUGGUGGAGCUCGAAAAGGAGCGGCUGCACUCUCUCUACGAGAACGAGAUGCGCCGUAGCGAGCGCAUGGCACAGGACCACGUUGCGCAGCUGCAGCAGGCCUACGACGAGGUGGUGAAGGACCGGCAGUGCAUCAUGAGCAAGCUGAAGGGCGAGGUGGAGGAGCAGCUUCGCCUGGCGUUUGAAGACGGCCGCGCCUACGCGAAGAGCAGCUUGCGGUCGCGAAGUCGCCCAUCGCAGAAGCUGCUGCGCCCCAGCAACGGCGCCAGCUGA